CUGACAGACCAUUUUCAAUGUCAAAAUGGAAAAUUUGAAUGUGGUGGACAUUUUCCCAAUUGACCCUAAAGUACUCGUGGCGCUGUGCUGCCGCUGAUUGGUUACCCCCGAAUGCAACGCACUUGAAUGUACAGUAGAUGCUGAGGGAAGCGUUGUCGCAGUUGAGUUACAAUGGCGCAGUUCAAGUUCGGGAUGUUUUAUUUUAGGGACAACACAAUUCACGUCGAAAGUACUGACAUUGUGACACCUCAGUACAGACAGCAGCUCGUUCAGGUAUUAAAACGGCCGGACCUCUCCAGUGAAGACGGAUGGAUACAAGUGUGCUGGGGCACCAGGAAAGCACCUAAAAACAAGGUGGCCGCGAAACUGCUCUUACUCGGAGACAACUACAAGGAGUUGAUGGGGAAAAAAGAAGCCUUCCUCAAGGAUGAGGACAUCUGGCACAUGGCAGUUGCAAGGAGAAGGACCACACCAUGUACCACAACACGUGAUGGAAGCAAACCAAAGAAAAAAAGAAUUACUGCAACUUCCAGUCUCACUUCAGAUGAAGAUGAAACACAGAUUGACCCAUCACAAGUUUUUCAAACAAAUAAGCCGAAGAUGACAAAAGCUGCAAGAGACAGAGCCCUUUCCCAACUGAAAUCCUCGCUGCUGAGAAGAAAUCCAACAACCUCCACCUCCUUGACAAGUGAUGUUGAUACAGACAUAGACACCAAUGUGGACUUAUUUGACCCACCUCAGGCUUCAGAAUCAACUGACCUGGGCCAAGGGGAAAGUGAAGAGGAGAGUGUCCUGAUGGAUCAGUCCAGAUCCAGUGUUGACAUGCAACAGGACGUGAUGGAUGCUCUGAAAGAAAUUCCAGCCUUAGUCAAGUGUGUCAGAGAUCUUAUUACAACCAUGAAGAGAAUGCCACCUGUCAUGGACACUGACAGUACAAGUUCUGGUUCUUCCAGUCCAGCUCCAGAAAUGAUUUCCUUGGGCAACACGGGGGUGCAGAUCAGCAAAAACUGUUUCCUAAGACUAAACCGAACAAGAAUGUCCCUGUUCACACAGGACUUAGCUGUGCUCAUCUUUGGGCGGGAUGUUUUGGCAUCCUCGACUCUCACAGGAAAACCAGGGCCUACUGGAACAGCGAAAGAGCAGCUAAAUCCGGAAAAGCUGAGUGCCCUCGUUGAUACAGUUAUUGCUGAAUUUCCAGGAACAAAUGUGUCUGAUGUGAGGGCAGUGAUUCGGAGAAAAUGUAACAAUGAGAAUUUUGUGAGCAAAAAGAAACAGUAAGCAGUAACAUCAGUAACUGUUUGUAAUAGUUUUUGUUUGUUUGUUUUUUGGUGGACAUACAUUUUGAGUUUUAACAAACUGUGUCAAUGUUUCACAUGUAAAAGUUUCAAGAGUCAGUUUAAUGUUCAUCCCUGUCAUUACUAGCUUCUCUGCAGUGCACAGCUAGCAGGGUAGUGCUACACAGCUAUUGUUUCUUUUUAUUUUUUACUUUUAUUAUUGUUUUUUAGUUAAGUUGUUAAAACUAAAAAGAAUUCUCUGGGGUCAGAUGAUCCAAAUUUGAAUAAAAAUGUUACGAUGAAGAGAAACUGUUUGAAAAUGUUGUUUUAGAUGUUUUUAAAGAUGUAC